GUCUCUUGUACUCAAUUUGCAAACUUGUUUUCAAUAACAGUAUCGUUUGAAAAUGUUCCAUAAAAUGAUACAGAUUAAUAAUGGGUGACGUUGACAUGACAUAUGUACUAUGAGUAUUUUGCUGCUCGUUUUAAGAAGGUAACAGAACAAUAGUGUAAUGACAGUCAUGGUGUCUAGGAGUGGCCAUCACGAGGACACAAAAUCCCUGCUGUGUUUUCAGCACUGCGACAGACACACUAAUAUUGUAUGUUUUAUGGUGCCAGAAGUUUGUCCUCUGUGUCAUCAGAACACCGCAUUGACUGAGAGUCGUGUCCCACCAUUCCGUCUUUCAUCGCCGUUCACAUCAUCACUUCAGUCAUCCUGUUGUAUUGCUGUUAAACCAACAAAUGGGACAUUUACUAGGAACUAUACAACCUCGGCAAACCUUCAUGUUGGAAUAACAGAUUCACAUGGCCGAAUGUUCGACUUUGAUGAGGAAGGCUUACAUAGAGACUCAGUCUGGCCAGAGUGUUUGACCAUAUCCUUGUUGCCGAUGACGGGUUUGGACUCCAGGCAGUGGGAUAUGAGAUUACAUCAGUAUGUUAAUCCCAUGGUGUGGACAGCUUACAGAUAUAACGAAGAGCACAAGAACUGCUUUGAUUUUGUUCUGGGAUUUCUGCACUGGCUCAACUUGCAUCACACAUUCCCUGAAUUCAGUGACAAACAGAGUUUUAUAACACAUUUUUUACUGAAAAGGACUACCAAAGUUGGACAGUUUAUAUCGAUGUACCGACAAGUAGAACAGUUUGGAUUUCUGUGCCAGACCGCUUGUCCUUCCUGACAGAAUCAAUUCACCAUCUUUUAAUGUGUGUUUUAAUGAAAUAUAUUUGUGUACCGGUAUGUGUCA